CACAAAACGUGUGAAUCCUAUUCAAGAAAAGGAAAAUCCCUUUUUUUUCACUAUAACUUUUUCUUUCUUUCAGAAGACCAAAUAAAUAAAAAUCAAAAGUAACCCACGUUUGAAUGGAAAAGCCUCCUCAACUCACAUAUAUAUAAAUACCAAAUAACCUUCUUCAUUUAACUCCUCAACAAUCUUCAACUCCAACCACUUCUUAACAACCUAACAAAAAAUCAUAACAAUUUCAUUUCAGUUAUUACUGAAAAAAAAAACUCAAAACGAAAACGCUUUCACUCACAAUGCAAACCGUUUCAGGUUCAUCUUCAUCUCUCAGUGAGGUUUCCGGAAAGUUCGAAAACGAUUUCUUUGCGAAGCUGAAAAUCGAAGACGAAGUUAAGCAAGAGAAAGAUGUGGUAGACGAAGAGGAUGAUGAUGAAGAGUUUACUUUCGUUUUCGCAGAUCCUAAUGGUUCACCGAUUUCCGCUGAUGAUGUGUUCGAUAACGGUCAGAUUCGUCCUAUUUUUCCUAUUUUCGGUCAGGAUCUUCAUUUCACCGACGAUUACGAUAGCGAAUCUGGAAACCGUUCGCCUGUGAAGAAGAUUUUCGUUGAAUCGCCGUCUUCCUCAGGGAAAGCAACAUCGUCGACUUCCGCGGCGGCGGAAGGGACUUACUGCGAGUGGAAUCCGAAAGUAGCGAAGAAGAGCAACUCGACGGGAUCGUCGAAGUUAUGGAAGUUACGCGAUCCGAAGCUGAGAAGUAACAGUGACGGUAAAGAUGCUUUUGUGUUUUUGAAUCCGGAGAAGGUUGAGAAAUCGAGUUCCGGCGAGACAAAAAACGUGGUGGUAAGGAAUGUGAAAGUGGCGAAGGGGAAACCGGCACCGUCGCCGCAUGAGAAACAUUAUAUGAUGAUGAAAGCCAGGAAGGAAAGUGAUAAACGCAAGUCUUACUUGCCGUAUAGGCAAGAGUUGUUUGGGUUCUUUUCGAGUACAAAUGGAUUGGGAUUGAGUAGGAAUGUUCAUCCUUAUUGAGGAUUUUUGCUAUGAUGAGUUCAUGUAAUUAGCUUCAUGUUCUUUUAUUAUUACUUUAGUUUUUUGAAAAUGUUUGAUGAAUAUAUCAAACUAACUUGGGAUUCUUUUCCUUUGAUGUAAAUAUGUUGAUAAUAGUAAUCUAGUUUUUGAAUAUUUGCAUAUA